AUGACUGUUUUUGACGUCAUGAAUAUGGCAGAAACCUCGGCCGGAGUAGGGCAACAGUCACCGUUCCAGACGGGGUAUUCCAGAAUUUUUAUUGGGCCAUCUUCGGUCCAAGACAAAGAUAAUCAAGACCCGUGUCAUUCUCCAAAAUGGUUGCAUCGAAAUGAUAACUAUGUCAGAAUGAGGCAUCAAGUGUAUGGAGAUAGUGCACUUCAGCAAUCUGCUGAAAUGUUUCAGGAUCCAGUGUCCAGUUCAAGUGCCAACAAGCUACUGAGAAGAGAGAGGUACAACUAUAUGCAAGACUCAAAAAAGCAGAAAUUAUUGGAGAAAAAAAGGGACUAUGCAAGGGAUAAGAGAAUGAGUGCACAUGAGGCCAUGCAGCAUACUCCAAACAGCAAUGCACAACCCACAGAUGUAUCACCGCCUCUCCAGACAUUAAAUGGAAGCAUCGAUCGGGUAGAUGAAUAUGACACUACCUUGUUCCAACCUGCACACCCUGAAUUAGAAGAAUAUGAUGAAGAAGAAGAUCACGUAGAAGACAUGGAAGAUGAGAGCGAGGACGACGAAACUAGGCAAUUUCGUGAGGAAGAUGGAUUCGAGUCAUACCGUAUAUAUGGCAAUGGUGUUGGUGAUAAUGAUGCCGAUGACCCUUACGACUACGUCUACCAGGAUUUACCAGAUCAGCAUCAUGUUUUGAAAAAAAAAGUAGAUAAUGAUGCAAAAUAUUUCAGAAAACACAUACGUUACUUCAACUCUCAUUUCUCUUUCACGACCUUUGGUGUUACCUUGGAUCGGCGAGUUGCCACCGCAGCAGGAACUGGUAUCUAUACAUUCCGGGUGCAAGGUUCCUUGUACCACCGACUCGACCAUUUGGUGCCAGGUUCCAAAGGGUUGCGGCACAUGCAGCUCUACUUUUAUGAUACAGCAGAUGAAACAUUAACACAUAGAUCACGGAGAUCUCCUGACCUUGAUAUCAACCUCAUAAGAAAUGUUCUCAAGAUAUUAGAGGACAACCCUUAUGUUCACACCUUCAAGAGGGUUGGAGCCAUACCAAAUCUUGAUGACUACGUAAUUGAACUAAACACCAAUGUCAUGCCAGACCAACGGAGGUACCUUGUCUACCACACUACCUGA